AUUCUAUCUAUCUAUCUUCAAGACAUACACAAUAAGUUUAGUAUAUAAGCAACUAUAGACAGUGAUCAAAAUGGAAACAGAACAGAAAUAAAAACAAUAAUGUUUCUCCUUAUUUUCCUCUUUGGGUUUACAUUGGCCGGAUUGACAGAUUAUGAUAUGGGUGUUAUGGAAAACGAACCCCUUCUCAGAACCUUGUAUGAAGAGAAUCUAAACUUUAUGAAGAGUUUUAAAGAAAUCUAUGAAAAAUAUCCUGUUACAGAGAUCGAGUUUUUUCUGAAGGUUACCGAAGAGUCUAAUAAGAGUGUAGAAGAAUAUGUGAGACAUCCUCUGAAUUCAUUUAAUCUUCUGAAAAAAGCUGCAGUUUUUAUUCCUGCAUUGUCUAACACCUUGUCAUCUUUAAAAACUAAGAACUCAACAGAAAUGCUGAAGUUAUUGCGAAUCCUCUUCCAGGAAACUGAAGUUCUCAAAACCAUCACUGAGAAAGAUAUGUAUGGAGCUGCUAAAGCACUUAUUUUCAUAGUUCAUGCUUAUGAUCUGGAUACAGAGAAGUUUAGAAAGGGUCUGAUAGAUACAACUGAUGUUAAGUACUAUGCACAUGGAGCAAAACAUCAAGGAGAUUCCGCGCUUACCUCUCAAGAUCUUAAAGUUCUAGCAACAAUGUCCCAAAAACUAGGUUUGAUAAACACCGGGAUAAAGUUUAUGAGAAGUGCAUAUAAAGCGCAGGAAGAGAGUGAAGACACAGAACAAAUAGAUGUUGGUGUCAAAGAUCAGUUUGAGAAGGCAAAACAAGAUCUUAUUAAGCUGAACAACGACUUUGUGACAAAUAAAAAGACCUUUAUCAAUGAUUUGGUUGUAGUAAAUAAAUAUCUUGUGGAUGAGAAGCUGGAGAAAAAGAAAACUCAGCCCAAGUUUAUCAAGUCUGGAGCUAUAGACAAGGUUGAUAUCAGUUUAGCUACGUCUUUUGGAGGAGACUUCUUUCGUAUGGAAGCACUUCUUCAGGGUUGUAGAAAUGAGUUUAAUCUGCUCCCUAGUAAAAUAAAAUGGCCUCUUAUCAGCAAAUGUCGUCUUCUGCAUCAAGAUGAUCCAUAUCUGAAGCUGGGACCUUUCAAAAUGGAGGUUGCUAGUAAUACUCCUUUCAUAAUGGUGGUUCAUGAACUACUCACUGAUGAGGAUACAGAAUAUCUUGUCAAUUGGGCGACACCUAAACUAUCCAGGUCAAGAAACCUGGAUUAUUCUAAAGGCGCAUAUGAUAAAGAUUCAUUUAAGGGUAAGGUUCGAAAUAUUGUUAAAUCUGUCCAAGCUUGGAUGGAAGCUGUAUCCUAUCAUGAACCUGAUGAUAUGUACAAUCCAGAUAACUUUACUGUAAACCACCCUAGAGUUCAUAAACUGUCUGCUCGUAUGGAGCUAGCUUUCAAUCUGAACCUUACAAGACAGUGGAGUUCGAACUUGUAUCAAGUAACAAACUAUGGUUUAGGGGGAUUAUGUGAAUCCCACAUGGACGCUCAGUCAUUUUUUGAAAAUAUGGCUUCAGAUCCAGCGAAAUACAUUAACCGGGGGGACUACAUUGCAACAAUAAUGGCCUGGUUAACAGAUACCCCUGCAGGAGGCGGAACCAGUUUCUACAAACCACCCUCCUCGGUAACUGUACAUCCUACGAAAGGUAGCGCGGCAUUCUGGUGGGAUCUUACGCAUCAGAACCGUAGAGAUCAAGGAACUAAACAUGGCGGCUGCCCAGUAGCUGUCGGAUCUAAAUGGAUUCUGAACAAGUGGGUUUUCAGUUACAAUCAAUGGGAUAAGGUUCCCUGCAGACUUGAGAAAGGAAAUACGAAUAUAAACAUGUACAGUCCCGCUGAUACUAUUGGACCUUUCUCAGAUAAUAAAAUGUUUUAAAAUUCUUUAA